GCUGGCGUCAGAAUGCAGGUCAACUCUACCAACACUCCACGCCAACCCGACUCCCCAGCUUCUCGCUUGGUCGCACAGAGGAUCGAAGGUAUCAUGCCUCUCAUCCCUUAUGCCGUUAUCGGGCCAGCAAGGGGAGGAAAAAUUUUCAGCGCCAGCCAUCGCGUGCUCGUGUGAGGUGGACGACAUGAGGUACUCUCCACGACCCCAGACUUUCUUUUGCUGGGAGCCGCCUGCUUCUUCAUUUUACCAAACGGUAAGCCUAGGAGUAUAUAAAGCGAGGAAGCCCACCGUGCGGCCACAAUACCCCGUCUGUGUCUUUGUUGCCAAGCCCGCUUCGAAAUACAGUAACUAGUGUCCUAAGGCAGGCACCUUUGAUUCAAGAUGUCAGACGCCGCAGGAGCAGCUGUUGUUCCUCUCUCAAAAGGAUUUGGAUAUGGCAUCAUCCUAGGCCUUGGGUUUGCUUUUGCCUUGGGCAUGAUCGGGACGACAUGGGCACUGAAAAGAUAUCACGGUGAAGUCCAAACCUCUGAAGAAUUCUCGACGGCAGGAAGAACCGUGAAAUCUGGUCUAGUGGCUGCGGCCGUCGUGUCUAGCUGGACAUGGGCUGCUACUUUGCUUCAGUCUUCGGGUGUGGCUUAUUCGUAUGGUGUUUCCGGCCCAUUCUGGUACGCUUCAGGAGCCACUGUUCAGAUCUUGUUGUUUGCGACGUUGGCCAUUGAACUGAAGAGGCGUGCACCCAAUGCGCAUACGUUUCUCGAAGUGAUCAAAGCCAGAUAUGGUGUUGUGACACACAUUGUCUUCCUAGUUUUCGGCCUCAUGACGAACAUCCUUGUAACAGCUAUGCUUUUGACCGGAGGCAGUGCUGUGGCCAGCUCUCUAUGUGGAGUACCCACAGCAGCAGCCUGCUUCCUCCUCCCGGUGGGCGUCGUUCUAUACACGAUGUUCGGCGGGAUCAAGGCAACCUUUUUAACUGACUAUGUCCACACGGUUAUCAUCUUGGUUAUCAUCUUUGUCUUCGCAUUUAGCGCCUAUGCCACGAACGAGGUCGCUGGCUCACCUGGCAAGGUUUGGGAGCUUCUUGUGGAUGCCGCGAAACGACAUCCGGUGUCUGGCAACAAAGACGGCAGCUAUUUGACGAUGCGAAGUCAAGAAGGAGCUAUCUUUUUCGUGAUCAACAUCGUCGGCAAUUUUGGGACUGUGUUCUUGGACAACGGGUAUUACAACAAAGCCAUUGCCGCCUCUCCAGUCGACGCACUGCCUGGAUAUGUGAUGGGUGGUCUUUCGUGGUUUGCCAUUCCGUGGCUUUGUGCGACAACUAUGGGUCUUGCUGCUCUAGCCCUGGAAAAUAACCCUGUCUUCCCAACCUUCCCGAACCGCAUGUCCCACGCCGAUGUCAGCGCAGGGUUGGUCCUCCCCUACGCUGCCGUUGCUCUUCUUGGAAAAGGUGGAGCGGCCGCCACUCUCCUCCUGGUUUUCAUGGCCGUGACCUCAGCCUCGUCUGCAGAGCUCAUUGCGGUCUCAUCGAUCUGGACCUACGAUAUCUAUCAGACUUACAUCAACCCCAAGGCGUCUGGGAAAUUCUUGAUCCGAAUGUCCCAUGCCGCCUGUAUUGUCUAUGCCGUUUGUCUCGCCUCUUUUUCGACCGGAUUGUUCUAUGCUGGUGUCAGUAUGGGUUACCUCUACCUUCUCAUGGGUUGUAUCAUCAGUAGUGCGGUCAUCCCAGCAACACUGGCGCUGAUGUGGAAGGACCAAAAUUGGCAGGCCGCCGCCGGCGCUCCCGUGCUAGGCUUCGCAUGUGCCUUGAUCGCCUGGCUCGUCACUGCCAAAAGGGAGUGCGGCGUUCUUAAUGUCGACUGCACAGGCUCCAACAAUCCCAUGUUGGCGGGUAACGUGACCGCAUUGCUCAGCCCGCUCCUUUUCGUCCCUAUCCUCACCUUUGCCUUCGGUCGACAGAACUACAACUGGGAGUCCAUGAGGGCAAUCCGCAAGGGCGACGACUCGGAGAUCAUCCGUCGCGCCAGCGUGGACACGGAGAUCCAGCGCGAGAUUGCCGCGAGGACGGCCGAACAAGAAGCGGCCGAGCAAACCAAGCUGAACAAAGCAGCGAUCAUCUCGAGAAGCUUGACCGGGUUCAUGACCAUUGCCAUGCUGGUGCUAUGGCCCAUGCCGAUGUAUGGGACUGGGUAUAUCUUCUCCAAGAAGUUCUUUACCGGCUGGGUGGUGGUCGGCAUCCUCUGGCUCUUCUGCAGCACCUUCUGCGUCGGCCUGUUCCCGCUCUGGCAAGGCCGCAAGACCAUGGUGCACACCGUCAAAUCCAUCAUUCUGGACAUCUCGGGAAAGAGAGGGCCUGCUUUGCACGGACGCCCGGCCGAGGUCGAAGGUGAAGAGUCGAGCGGACAACAGACACCGGACGGUGAAGAGAAGGUGGUGGUGAAGGGCGAGUGAUUGGCAAAUCUACGCAUCCUACUCGGUCCAGAGAGCGCUCGAGAAGAUGUGCGAAGACUAUUCUGGGGAACUUGAAGCUCGCUGUUCAUUCGUUAUAUUCUGCUGCGAAGAUACCCAGAUGAGACAGAACCAGCCUUACAGGACGCCAUGAGGGAGGGCGACAAAAUAGCUACAGAGGCCUUGUGGAGGUAAAAGAGACUCGGUCUGAGACUCAUAGAUUGAACCAGUCAAAGCAACUCGCCGAC